ACAUACAGAUCAACAGCAUCCAUCACCAACUCCCUCUCCAUAUAUUAUAUAUAUGAACCUACCAUAUCCAUAUAUAUAUAUAUAUAUAUAUAUAAAUCCCCCAAAAACAAAAACAAAAACAAAAAAAAAACAAAAAAAGAGAAAAACCCUCCUCCGUGGCCUGAAUCGUAAUCGAUCUCCUCGGAAUUAAUUUAAUUGAUUGAUUAUUCUUCUAUGGCUCUUCUUGAUCUUCUACCCGUAAUAACGACAAUAAUCUCAAUCCCAGCUGGAAUCAUCAUAGUAGUGAUCCUUGCAUACAGUGUGUACUGGCGGCUGAGAUUCAAGCUCCCUCCAGGGCCCCGUCCAUGGCCUAUCGUGGGUAACCUCUACGACAUAAAGCCAGUGAGGUUCCGAUGCUUUGCGGAAUGGGCUCAGGCCUACGGGCCCAUCAUUUCGGUAUGGUUCGGAUCGACGCUGAACGUCAUCGUUUCCAACUCGGAGUUGGCAAAGGAAGUGCUCAAGGAACAUGACCAGCAGCUUGCUGAUAGGCAUAGGAGUAGAUCCGCCGCUAAGUUUAGCAGAGAUGGGAAGGACCUCAUUUGGGCUGACUAUGGACCCCACUAUGUUAAGGUCAGGAAGGUAUGCACCCUCGAGCUUUUCACUCCUAAGAGGCUUGAGGCUCUUCGUCCCAUUCGAGAAGAUGAGGUUACCGCCAUGGUUGAAUCCAUUUUCAACGACUGCACCAAUCCUGAAAACAGUGGAAAGAGCUUGGUGGUGAAGAAGUACUUAGGAGCAGUGGCAUUCAACAACAUAACACGACUGGCAUUUGGGAAGAGGUUUGUGAAUUCGGAGGGGAUAAUGGACGAGCAAGGAGUGGAAUUCAAGGCAAUUGUGGCCAAUGGACUCAAGCUGGGGGCCUCCCUGGCCAUGGCAGAGCACAUCCCCUGGCUGCGCUGGAUGUUCCCGCUCGAGGAAGAAGCUUUCGCCAAGCACGGUGCCAGAAGGGACCGUCUCACCAGGGCCAUCAUGGACGAGCACACUCGGGCCCGCAAUGCCUCUGGUGGCGCCGCCAAGCACCACUUCGUCGACGCUUUGCUCACUCUCCAGGCCAAGUAUGACCUCAGCGACGACACCAUCAUAGGCCUCCUCUGGGACAUGAUCACCGCCGGCAUGGACACCACCGCCAUCUCCGUCGAAUGGGCCAUGGCCGAGCUCAUCAAGAACCCCAGGGUCCAACUCAAGGCCCAGGAGGAGCUCGACCGAGUCAUCGGCUUCCAACGGCUCCUCACCGAGCCCGACUUCUCCAGCCUUCCCUACCUCCAGUGCGUUGCCAAGGAAGCCCUGCGCUUGCACCCACCCACCCCCCUCAUGCUUCCCCACAAAGCCAACUCCAACGUCAAGGUCGGCGGCUACGACAUCCCAAAGGGCUCCAACGUCCACGUUAACGUCUGGGCCGUUGCUCGUGACCCUGCUCUUUGGAAAGACCCGCUUCAGUUCCGACCCGAACGCUUCCUCGAGGAGGACGUUGACAUGAAGGGUCAUGAUUUCAGGCUGCUCCCCUUUGGGGCCGGUCGUCGGGUGUGUCCCGGCGCCCAGCUCGGUAUCAAUCUCGUCACCUCCAUGUUGGGCCAUCUGCUCCACCAUUUCUCUUGGAGCCCACCUAAUGAGGUUAAGCCCGAGGAGAUGGACAUGUCCGAAAGCCCAGGACUCGUCACUUACAUGAGGACCCCACUCCAGGCUGUCCCCACCCCGAGGCUCCCGUCGUCUCACUUGUACAAACGUUUGCCCUACCAUGAUAUGUAAUGUAAUUUUUCUUUUCUUUUCUUCUCUUUCUCUUUUCGUUAUAGACACAAAAAUUCCAUAUCUGCCUUAGAUUGUAUGGGGCCGAGUUCUCUAUGUUGAUGUUUUGGGAAAACAAACAUUAAUAAUAAUAAUAUAAAAAACCAAAGCAUUAAUAGUGCAUCACAACA